CUCAGGAUGAAAAGAGACGACUUGUUGUAGAAAAUACAGCGAACGAGUCGACCUGCAGGAAGAUUUCCUCAACACCGUCAGUAAUGUGGAAGCUGCUGAGUCCUCUGCUUCUGCUGUGUUUGCUUCCAGCUGUGGCUCCCCUCUUCUGUUACACCUGUGUGUUCCCGACCAUCUCGCCGCUGGACUGCAUCAGAUUCCCUCUGAAGUGUCCACCAGGGCAGCUCUGCCUGUCCAGCAGAGCCGUGGGUCUGAAAGGAGACUUCCGUGUGGUGUUGUAUGAGAAGAGCUGUGUGCUGCCCGCCCUCUGUGGACUCACUGGUGAAAAAUACACCAUGGGGAUCAACUUCACCUUCACCAAUGAAUGCUGCAACACCCACCUGUGCAACAGAGCUGCUGCUCCCUAUUGGACAGGCACAUUCCUCACACUGCUCACCAUACACUCAGUCUGGUGAACAGAGAAGCAGUAAGGAUCCCAUGCUGUGACUCUUUUAAGUAAAUAAUGAAAGUCUCACAUGUCCCCAGAAUGUGUCUUGUAAUUUUUCAGCUCAAAAUACAACAAAGAUGGUAAAUUUCAUCAUGACUGUAUAACUCCUAGUUUUGGUCUUGUUAUAAAAGGGGCUGAUUCAGUGUCUGGAGCUUUAAAUGCAGAUGAGGUGAUGCUGGCCCCGCCCCCUUCAGGAAGAAGGCUCUCUCUGCCUGUGAUUGACAGCACAGCUAUAAACAAAGUACUCACCACAAAAAGUAACACAAAAAAAUGUGCCUACAAAUUAUGUAAGAUAACGAAGGUUUGGUCAAAUGGAUACAAAACAACCACAAAAAGUUGGAAAAUAACAGAAACUAUCACACAAAAUGCCCACAAAAUGAUAUAAAAAGUUGGAGAACUACCUAAAUGUCAUGCGAAAUGACCAAAAAGGGUUACAAAAUGCCUACAGAAAGUUGUAAAAUGACCGAAAUGUGAUGCACUACAACCUCAAAUAGAUUCAAAGUGUCCAAAUGGAAAACAACAAUCAAAAGUUACAAAAAUUUUGAUGCUAAACAACCACUGAUACUUACAACACAACCACUAAAAAUGUAAAAGAAAAAUCUGGUAAAACAUGCCCACAAAAUUAUGUAAAACAACAAAAAACAAACCACAAAAACUUGUAAAGUGACCAAAAUGUGACAUAAAAUGACUACAAAGAGUUACAAAAGCAAUCUAAAAAAUAAAUACUCCAAAAAUUUGAAGUACUACAAUCUCAAAAAGAUGUAAAAAAACAAACAAAAAAAAAAAAAAACAAAAAAAACUGUGAUGCAAAACAGCCAUAAAGACUUAGAAAAUGACAGGAAAAAGUGGCAGAAGCAUGAUUUAUUCCUGUUGCAUUUGUGAUCUGGCUGGAUAAGAAGUACUAUUUGGGGCCAAAUGUUUCUUCUAUCAUGUAAAGUUUGGUUGUUUGCAUUGGUUGAAAGUCAACUAACUAUAAUAUGAAACUGUCUUUAAACCAACAAGUCGCAAUAAAUAAAAGAUAAUGUGCAGAAUGCAA